UGGCCACCUCCGCGAACUGAAACAGCAGGCAAUAAAUGUUUGUUGCAAGACCUGUUUAGUUUGCUGGAUCAGCUGCAACUGUUUUCGCAUGUCGAAGAUUGAAAGAAUUUCAUUGUUUUAAAGCGAUAUCAGUUGUGCUUCUCUGUUUCUUGCGUGUUAAGCGAUCUCCAUGGCAACGGUCGCUGAGACUCGCGCACUCUUCCGCCGCGCAGACGCGGUGUGCUUUGACGUCGACAGCACAGUCAUCCGCGAGGAGGGCAUCGAUGAGCUCGCAAAAUUCUGCGGCGUCGGUGACGCGGUCACAGAAAUGACACGCAAGGCGAUGGGUGGAUCAGUGUCGUUUACAACAGCUCUGAGUGAACGUCUGUCCAUCAUCAAGUGUUCAAGGGAACAAGUCAACAAACUGAUAACUGACCAUCCUCCUCAGCUCACAGCAGGUAUUAAAGAGCUGGUCGAGAAGCUACAUCAGCGUAAUGUGAAGGUUUUCCUCAUCUCCGGCGGCUUUCGCUGUAUCGUUGAACACGUAGCGUCACAACUCGACAUUCCUUUUCAUCACGUCUAUGCAAACCGCUUGAAGUUUUACUUUAACGGUGAAUACGCAGGUUUUGAUGAAUCUCAGCCAACAGCCGAGUCUGGAGGAAAGGGUAAAGUCAUCGGCCUGUUAAAGGAGCGGUACGGCUUUAAAAAUGUGGUAAUGAUUGGAGAUGGAGCCACUGAUCUUGAGGCCUGUCCUCCUGCUAGUGCUUUCAUUGGAUUUGGUGGUAAUGUGGUGCGGCAGCAGGUGAAGGAGAAGGCAUCGUGGUACGUCACGAGUUUUGAUGAGCUUAUUCAAGAACUUGAGAAGAUAUAACCGUCUGUUGACUGAACAUCGGCUAAAAGCAUAUUACACUAAUUUAAGCCUUAGUUUUAUGCACAAUUUCUAAUGUUUUAUGAUAUUGUUUACAUUGCGAGUUGACUGCAGAGAUAAUUCAAACCACAUGAGAAGUUUGUAAUAUCGAUGGGUUUUAAUUGCACAGUUUUAUUUCCUCAAACACCUAAAAUGAGCAUCAAUACACUCAUUUAACUUUUAACAUUGAUCAUCUGUAUUUUAACUGUUACGUUUGAUGUGUGUAGUAUGUGUUUUUCAAAAAUGAAGAUUUGUUACUUGUCACAUAAUGUAAUAAACCUUUUAAAUAACUAA